AUGCUUGGAAGAGCGUGUCAAAAGCUUCAAGCCGCCACUCCAAUCACGCAAGCGGCUCGCGGAAAAGCGCGUGGAGUGAUCGUUCAGAGCUACUCGGCCGACGUUCUCCCAUACAAAGGCACGCCAGCCGCCGGAAAAUCGAAUCGUGUCCGUUUGGAGGCCAACAAGACCUAUCAUUGGUGUUCAUGUGGUUUGAGUAUUACUCAGCCAUUCUGCGACGGAACCCACAAAGUCCCGGGACUCACCAACGUUCGGCCAGUCAGUUUUCAGGUAGAAAAAACCGGCGACUACCCGUUGUGCGAUUGUAAACAAACCGGAACUCGACCAAUUUGCGAUGGAAAACAUUCUGAUGUCUCAAAAGCGCCACGCGACAAGAACGCCACUCGAAUGGUGGCUUUCGACGAGAGUCCAGUCUACGAGGGAGUUGCUCACAAACUCGGAUACAAGCCGAAGAAUGGUGGAUUCCAGUAG